CACUGACCAUAAACAGCAGUAGCGACAUUAUUUCAGCUAUUGUAUUAUUAUUUUUUUUAAUAAAAAGGAAUUUAAAAACAAAAGGCAAUGUCCAGUAGUUCCAUAGAUUUAAGCUCAUAUCGUGAUCAGCAUUUCAAAGGCUCACGGUCUGAACAAGAACGAUCUCUACGCGAAUCAUCCACAUUGUAUGUAGGAAACAUGUCUUUUUACACAACCGAGGAACAAAUACAUGAGCUAUUUUCAAGAUGCGGAGAAGUAAGACGCAUUGUAAUGGGAUUGGAUAAAUAUAAAAAAACUCCAUGUGGAUUUUGUUUUGUAGAAUAUUACAGUCGCAGUGAAGCAGAGAUGGCAAUGAGAUAUGUAAAUGGAACAAGAUUAGAUGAUCGUUUAAUUCGUGUGGAUUGGGAUGCUGGCUUUAUUGAAGGCCGCCAAUACGGCAGGGGCAAGACUGGUGGACAAGUGCGUGAUGAGUAUCGCACGGAUUAUGACGCCGGUAGAGGUGGCUAUGGGAAAUUAUUAUCACAAAAACUAGAAAUUGGACCCAAAUGCUGAUACCUCUUACAUUAAAGACUUAAUAAAUUUACAAAAUAUACUUUCUAA